GUCCUCUGUGUUAUAGAAGAAUAGCGUCAACGUGCUAUAGUAAGUGGUUGUGUAAACGUCAACCUUCCGUACCAUCGGACAUUUUCUUUGUUUCGUCUCAUUUAAGUGAACUAAAAACGUCUAUUCUCGUUUAUUCUCGGUCGUUGUCUUCGUUCCUGCAAGAUUCACUUCGUGUAUGUUUCACUAGAAGACCAACCUCAUUUCCCUCCAACUACAACCGGUCAUUCUCCAGUGCAACUACCAUGUCGGGGAAAAAGCGCAAAGCAACCCUAGCAGUUGCCGCAGAGUCCAGUGCAAAGCAGCAGAAGGUGGAUUCCAACAAUUCUAAGAAGGAGAAGGCAGCAGGGUGGCUGCAGGAGCUCGUUCAAAUGCAAAGGUCCAACAAUAAGGACAUGAAAGUCAACAAGAAGCGCGUUCGAUUCAUAUCAGACACCCAGAAAACAAAACAGGACUCAAAGGGUGUCCUGUAUUGGAUGCUGAGGGACCACAGAAUUCAAGAUAAUUGGGCGCUCAUCCACGCCCAACGCCUUGCCAUGAAGGAGAGCCUCCCGUUGCACGUCUGUGUCUGCUUGUCGGUCCCUAAAUCGGAGCUGUCCACCCUGAGACAUUACGGUUUUAUGCUGAAAGGUCUGGAAGAAGUUGAAAAGGAAUGCAAGUCUUUGGACAUCCAGUUUCAUCUGCUGCAAGGUUCUGCAGGGAAACUCCUGCCUGGCUUUGUGUCUGAACACAACGUUGGAGCGGUUGUGACUGACUUCUCACCCCUCAGAGAACCUCUAAAGUGCUUGGAGGAUGUCAAAAAGCGUCUUCCGGAUGAUAUUCCUCUCAUUCAGGUCGAUGCCCAUAAUAUUGUUCCGUGCUGGGUAGCGUCUCCAAAACUUGAGUACGCCGCCAGGACAAUUAGGGGAAAAAUUACUAAUCUCUUGCCAGAGUUCCUCACGGAUUUCCCACUGGUUGACAAGCACACACACUCAGCGACAGAAACCGCCAAACCAGUAGACUGGGCCAAAGUCCUGGCCUCCCUGCAGGUGGACAAAACAGUAGGCGAGCCAGAAUGGGCUCAACCAGGCACCAAAUCGGGGACGGCCAUGUUGGAGUCCUUUAUCGAUGUUCGCCUCAAACUGUUUGGCACUCAACGUAACGAUCCAAACAUUGCUGCGCUCAGCCAACUCUCCCCCUGGAUCCGCUUUGGACACCUGUCUGCCCAGCGUGUGGCCCUGCAAGUCAAAAAGUGUGGGAAGAACGCCAGUGAAUCAGUUGCACCCUUCAUCGAGGAGUUGGUGGUGCGCCGAGAGCUCACCGACAACUUCUGCUUCUACAACAAGAAAUAUGACAGCAUAGAGGGUGCGUACGAGUGGGCUCAAAAGACCUUGAAAGAUCACGCCAAAGAUGAGAGGCCCUAUCUGUACAGCCGAAGUCAGCUGGAGAACGCCAAGACCCACGAUAAGCUGUGGAAUGCAGCUCAGUAUCAGAUGGUCUCUGAGGGGAAGAUGCAUGGUUUCCUGAGAAUGUACUGGGCCAAAAAGAUUCUUGAGUGGACGUCUUCACCAGAAGAGGCUCUCUCCAUCGCUCUGUGUUUUAAUGAUCGCUAUUCGCUGGAUGGCCAGGACCCCAACGGCUUUGUCGGUUGCAUGUGGUCCAUUUGUGGCAUCCACGAUCAGGGCUGGGCAGAGAGAGCAGUUUUUGGAAAGAUCCGCUACAUGAACUACAAAGGCUGCCAACGCAAGUUUGACGUGCCGCGUUUUGAGAAGAAGUACAGUCCAAAAAGUGUUUAAAAUGUAAACGCAAAAGAAAAAAAACCAACUGUUUACAAGUUAUUUGCCAUCACCUUAGGGUGAUGUUUUUGUGCCCUUAUAUUUCUCCUUGUUAGUGUUUCUACAAACAUGUAUGUUGUUUUUUAGAUGUUAUUUUCUGUGUCAGCAUUUGUAUCCAUGCAUACAUACUUUUUAUAUCUAUUGCUUGUGAGUGGUAUACUGUUUGAGGGAUGGGUUUCUUAAAUAAACAUUUAAUGGUCUUUAUUGUUGUCUGAAAUCUUUGCAAUAAAGAGCGUUGCAAUUAACAA